CAAUAUAUAAAUAAGCCAUACUGGAUUAUUAAGAAUAGUUGGGGUACUAAAUGGAAUGAAUAUGGAUAUUAUCGAUUAUAUCGGGAUAAAAAUGUUUGCGGUGUUAAAGUAAUGGCUACAACUGCUAUUGUCCUGCGAAUAUUCUUUUUAUACAAAUUUUGA